CUCUGAUUGCGGCUAUGUCCGGAGACACGCUUAAGGUAAUAUUUUCCUUUCCGCUGGGAAAGUAUUCUUAUUCGGAAAGAACUCCUCUUAACGUUCCCGUAUGAUAAGAAAAAAGCUUACUCAACUUGAUAAGUUUCCUGCGAAAUGGUUUCCAACUUUAAUCUUGUGUUUGUGUUUUAUAGAAAGCGAUUGAAAUUGUCACAAAAGCUACAGAGGAAGAUAAAGCUGGAAAUUACGAGGAAGCGUUACGUCUUUAUGAGCAUGGAGUGGAAUACUUUCUGCAUGCGAUAAAAUGUAAGAGUUUUUUUUACCUGGCAUAAUUUUUAAAGUUGGAAGCUAAGUAUUUGUGUAGGUUCACAUCAUGCCCUUGUGCUGUGUUUUGUCUGUUUUGUACUUGAUUGCUGUUUUUGAUAGUGUUUAUUUGUUUGUUUUUGUGCUGAAUGAUACGAAACAGUCUUGAUCAACUUUAUUAAGCGCAGUAUUUUAUAUCAGUCGUUUUCGUCUUAAUUAUACUGCUGGGGUAAAAACAUUGAUUUAUUCCAAUGGCAAAUAAAUUGCCCUUUUUUAUCCCAAUGUUGCACAACCAAGUGCCAUUUCUUAUUAUUUGACAAUUUUGACUUAUUUAUUUGCACCAACUUCAUUUAUAUGGUACCUUAACAGCAGGUACAACGAUUGGUCACCGCCCAGUCGAAAGUGUCAGCUAAGCAAAAUCUGUGAAGCCUUCCAAGGAGUAAAAGCAACAUGUUUCAUGGCCUUGAAAACUGGCGACAAUCUUCUCAGAAAGCAAUCAGCACAUAAAAGGAAAGAAUUGUGACAGCGACAAUCCAUUUUUAAGUAGUGAAAGUGACAUCUUUUCACUUUUUCAGUUUGGCUGUUCUGGCAGUGAAGUAACAAACUCUCUCCUGUUAUUUCAAAACUUUUUUUGUUGUUUUCUUUGGAACUUUCUCUAAUAUUUAUUAUUAUGUUAUUGUUCAAGAAUGUAUCUGCCAUAAUUUCCAAAAAUAAUUGAGUAUCACAAAAUUUUAUGCUGAACCAACAGCGACAUUUUGUUCCUAGCUAAAAUGUGACAGCAACAUUUUUUCCUAAGACUGCAACAGGCAGUCUCAGAAUUGACUGACAAAGCGACUGUACCUGGCAGUUGAGAUGUUAGUGACAGCCUUGAUAAUCAUGUCUCACAGCUUAUUACUAAUAGGUUCAAAGCAACAUAUCAACAAAGAACAAAUGCAACACCAAACAUGGCCAUUUUCUAAUGUCAUUGUUGGUUUGUGUUAUUAAAGUUCAUUGUCCUUGAAUACUUGGUAAAAGGCAUGUUAAUAUUUUAUUGGUUUUAUACUUAGCAUAGAUGUUGUGGGUCAGUUUUAUCCUUGGUUUAAAUUUUAUUUUCCUUCGUUCUAAACUCAUUAUCUUAGAUUACCAUACCCAAAAACAAAGAAAAAUAAAAUUUAAAGCAAGGAUAAAGUUGACCUGCAACAUUGAUAUUAGGCCCUUCCACAGUGUUUGUAAACUUUUGACAUGGACCAGUUAAGGAAAAUCUAUUGACAUCACUGGAAAGAGAGCCUUAAAACUGGUCAAAUUGUGACAUUUGAAGGUGAUACAUCAUAAGCGAGCGAAGAUAUAACUCUGCAAAGUUGCGAAAAUUUACAGACUUUUGUAUUUGCCCCCCAAACAUACAAAUGUCUGUAAAAAUUUGCGACUUUGAGGAGCUAUAUCUUGGUUAGCUCUCAACAAAUCACAGGGCUGUCAAUAAGGGCCGGUAGCCAGCCAAAACUGCUAGCUAGUUAGCCAUCCUAAGCCGGCUACUUUCAUCUCCUUCUACCAUAACUGCUAACAAAAACUAAGCACCAUUGGAUAAAAUUGUAAAGCGUCUGUUUCCCAGUUUUGAAUGACAUCAAACACAUAUUUCAACAGGUUUAGAUCUAUGAAAUGUUCAAACCUUGCGAUGUCUUGGAAAGCCUGGGACAUUUCAACAGCAUUGUUGCCAGUCUUGUGUGUAUUCUGAUGAAACAACGUGCAUUACGCGGUGAAAAAUGCCCCUUGAAAACCCCUGCAAAUGCCAUUUCUGAUACUCGAAUUUUCAAAAUGUUCCCAGAUGCCUCAGCCCUCAAGAACUUGUGCCUUUGGUGCGAGUUCCAAAGCCGCCUACUAUUCAUUAUCAGCCUGCUACUAAAAAACUUUUUGACAGCCCUGAAUCGCUUUCAAACUUGGCAAUUUUACUUACAUUUAAGGCGCUCCUUCCAGUGGUGUAUACAGACUUUCCCAAACAUGUCAAAAGUUGAAAAAAAACCUGGAUAGGUCUAUUAGAAAAUGUGAAUGCGAAAGGAUGCUUCAUCUGUGAAUUUCUGGCAGUAAAUAAUUAGAAAGUAGACCUGUAAUGUGGCAUACCAUCACAAAAUAUUUUGUAACUUGUUGUGAUAUUUUCGGUUCAAUUCUAUAGAUGAAGCCCAGGGAGAUAAAUCUAAAGAAAGUAUCAGACAGAAAUGCAUCCAGUACCUUGAACGAGCUGAGAAGCUUAAACACUAUGUGAAAAGCAAAGACAAAAAGAAGCCUGUUGCAUCUUCUGGUGGUGGAAAGGAGAGCAACAACAAAGGAGGGUUUGUGUUCAGUUUGUUGUAUUUCUGUAUUUCUCUUAUCGUUUUGAGAGGAUAAACAAACUUGACCUUUUUUCACUAGCUUGUUUGCCCCCUAAAAUACCACGCGACGUUGCUUGUAUCCCAUCAAUCCUAGAGCGCCUGCAAAGAUGGCGGUUAUCACGAAUAAGGUCUAUUCAAUUUUUGUUACCUUUCGAGCCUUGCAUCAAGAGCACAUAAGCUUGUGGAAGCCUAGGGUGUCUUGUAAAAGGGAAAAUGGUAACAGAGCAAAAGCUGGCCUUGCCAUAUUCCAAGAAGAAACAAGCAGACUUGAAUUGUCUAGAGCUUAACGCAGCCUAUACAGCAUUUUACUAACUUAAAAGUUCUGCUUUUUCAUGAAAAGGAACAAAGAGGAUAGUAGUGAUGAUGAAGAUAAUGCUGAAACAAAGAAGCUUAGGGGACAGUUAAACAGUAAGUAAUGAAACCCUGCUUUGCCUAAAAAAUGGAAAACUCCUGACCAGUGUGGGUCAGUUAUUGAAUGAAGUCUAACUUACAGUGUAAGCUGUGGUUUCAAAAAUCAUUGGACCUCCAUAUGUCUUCCUCAGUUGGUAAAUUUAAUAAAUUGAGUGCUUUUCUAGUAUUAUGGUUUUUUGGUUUAAACAAUGGCAAAACUCCAUUUUUUUAAAUCAAGAUUAUUGUUUUAAGUUAAAAUGCACUUUUUAUUUGAGGGUCACUGUAUUUAGCCCAAAAGUACCAAUUGAGGGCACUACUGCUAUGUCCCCUACUGGAAGGGACCGCCAUUUUACAUGUAUGUGGUCAUCUGAGCCAUGCAAAGAUCUAGCCAUUUGCAGAGCAAAGGAGGUACCUUCAUUUCUUAGUUAAGACCCUGAGUAUUAGUCCACUUCUGGAGAUUAAACCCAUAACGUCCCACUCCGCAGUCAAGUUCUGUACUGACUGAGCUAAUCCUGCUCACAAAUAUCUGCAUUUUCGAUUGCAAGCCAGUGAUUGUAUAUGUAUUUAAAUCUCAGGUGCAAUUGUUGUGGAGAAACCAAAUGUACAAUGGUCAGAUGUUGCUGGAUUAGAGUCAGCCAAAGAAGCCUUAAAAGAAGCUGUUAUUCUGCCAAUCAAGUUCCCUCACUUGUUUACAGGUAAUGGGUAGUCAUUGUGGCUGAAUAUUGAAUCUCAAUCCUAAACAGUCAUGCUCCUACCCUUUCAUUUUUUUGACGUGCAGUGAAGAUGAUGUGAACCGUGAAAAUACAAAUCUAAAUGAGGAUAUGCCAUCCCAGUGGUAAUACCAAUCAGCAUAUUGCAAAUAUUUUGUGGUUUAAUAGGAUUUUGAAGCCAUGGCUAACUAACUAACAAAAGUUUUUUACAUGUAAAGAUGGAGUGAGCUGUAAGGUUUAAGCUACAAAACGUUGUUUCUAAUACUACUGGCCCCAGUUGUUCAAACGUUCCGCUGGAUCAAUCACUAUCCUGCAGCAGAUAAGCAUUGGGAAACCAAUUACACUAUCUGCUGAAUGUUGAGUUAUCCUUUGGAUAGGGCUAUCCAACGUUUGAACAACCGGUGCCUAUGCAUUAUUUGCUCUGUUUUCAGGAAAACGCAAACCUUGGAGUGGAAUUCUGCUUUAUGGGGUAGAUCUUUCUUUUGUUAUUGUUCAUUGAUACAUUGUAUAUUUCAAAAUGUGCAGCAAUAAAUUAGAGGCUUGAAAAUUUUAAGUGAUAACGGAUAUGCUUCAGGUUAGUAUAUUAUAAUUGGUUCAGGUUAAUUCUCAAUUUGUCUGGUAGCCAUUAUUCAUGGAUAAUUAUGGCUAGGAGACAAAGGAAAUUGACAAUCAACUUAGGUUAAAAAAAUUUAACUUGAUUUUAAUGUUGACCUGAAACAGAUACAGGUUGUACUCCGAUGCUGAGUGUGGCUUUUGACUGUUUGCUGAAAAUGUUUCUAUUCCAAUCUGGUGAACUUAAAAAUAAUACUGGUUACUAGACCAUGCGCUUACAUAAACUGCAAACAGUUGUUUUUUCUCAAAAAUUGGUUUUCAAGCUGUGAAGCAUCAGACAUGCGAAGUGCUUAAGGUUCACAAACCUGUCUUGCACUCCGUUUUCACCCUUGCUCCUGACCUUUCAUUUGACUGCUUAUGCAUUCUUGGCCUACUCAAAAGUAUGGACUGUUUUGCAGUCUGGUGCUUGCAAGGAGUAUUUUACUGGAGCCAGAGGUAUUACAUGAGGCAUUUGGAUUUUGGGUGUCUUUUUGCUUCAAGCUUCUCGUGUACUCUGUUCUGUUAAUCAAAGCUAAGGAAAUCAUGGUUAAUAAGUUAUGCAAAAACCUUUUUGUUUGUAGCCUCCUGGAACAGGUAAAUCAUACCUAGCAAAGGCAGUUGCCACAGAAGCAAAUAACUCAACUUUUAUAUCAGUUUCCUCAUCUGACCUUGUGUCCAAGUGGCUUGGAGAAAGUGAAAGGUACAGUAAGUCAGCCAACUCUACAAUCCCUCUCAUUAUUUUGGUGAUACAGUAGGACCCUGUUAACUCGAACUCUAAAGGGAAAUGAAAAACAGUUGACAGAGCUGUCAUCAAGGGCCUUAACCUUUAAUGCCUGUUAUGGCUGAGCACACUUGAUGUUACGGGUGAUCAAAGUGGGAAGCGUAAGGUGGCACUAUAAAUUUUUGUGAGAUGUUAUUGGUGAAACUUUAGUUUCUAUGGCUGCUUAAAAGCUUAAUGACAGCCAUGGUUUAUUUUAGCAGGUGUUCAAGUUUUUAAUAGUGUAGGGAAAGAUCACACCCCUCUUCCCAGAAUAUCAAGAAUUUAUAGCAAUAAAGGUAAUCACUUACUGUGUGACUACUGUAAGAGGAGUCACUUGGACAAAGUUGACUAAUCGGAUUGCAGGACAGUAACAAUUUUAUACAUUCCAAGAAAGUUACGUGGGCCAAUCAGUUGCUCAUAAAAGAAACAAUAAGUUACUUGAAGCACAAAAUUGAAAUAUUGAUAGCAAACGUUUUUCAAGAAAGCAAAAUGUUUCACCAGAUAGUAGUUUUUAUUCGAAACUUUUCAUAUAACACCCACGAGACGUAUUUGUUUGACACAAGCAGUUAUUUUGUCAUCAACCAGCAAUUUCUUUGCUACUAUUGCUCCACUUUGUAAUGAUAUCACAAGCUCAAGUCAAAAAAUGAACUAAUGUUUACGCUUUUUUUACGCGGGUCAUUUGCUCUUAUGGACCCCGCAGGAAACACAGGUUUUUUUCAGUGGGUUCAAAGGGUCAUGUCUGUGGCUUGUAAUUGGUUGAUUUCUAUCCAUGUUGUUUGUUUUGAUUAUGAUUGACAGCUAACUUUCUUUCUUAACUUUUCUUGUAAUCUGAUUGGUUAACUUUGUCUAGGUGGCCCAGUUUUAGAAGUCGCACUAUAAAGGUCUUCUUGUUCUCCACUGUGUAGUCUUUAGUGAUGCUGUGUGUCUUUUAUUACAGGUUGGUAAAGCAACUCUUUGAAAUGGCUCGUGAAAACAAACCUGCCAUUAUUUUUAUUGAUGAAGUGGACUCCCUCUGUGGUUCAAGAAGUGAAAACGAAAGUGAAUCAGCCAGGAGAAUAAAAACUGAGUUUCUUGUUCAAAUGCAGGGUCAGUUUGCAUCAUUGAGCAAACCAUUUUCUUGCCUCUAUAAUAAUAACUAUCAGGGAUGUAGCUGAUAAUAGAGAGAUUAACUGUCACAUUUACAGCAAACGACAAUGUUUAUUUGUACCACAUGACCAAGUUUUCCGUUAACUUGGGCUUUACUGUCCAUUACUUCUACCCCAAAAUCAGUAGCUUCAGGUUAGUUUUGUCUAUAACAAUUAUUUUGGACUGUUUUCAGCUGCAUGUUUUUGUUUUGAGAAACAAUCAACUUGACUCUUGAUGUUUCCCAUUUGCUGUAAAUGUCACUCCAAAUCUCUCUGAUUUUAGUGGCUAAAAGAGAGCUUACCACCAGUUCAAAAUGCUCUGGAAGGGUAAGACAUAGGGCAAGUUUGACAGGGAGUUCAUUAAGCAUCAGAGAUCGGAGAAUUCUCUGUUGACUUCAGAAUUCUCCGGCAGGUUAAGUUUGCCGGGCAAAUACAACAAGUAGGCGGGAAAUCAAACAGUGACCCAUCUGAAGUUUUUGCUAUUCUUGAAUUUGGGCUAGUUGUGUGUCCUGUUCAUACUUUCAAACUGAUCUCACUUGAACUUUGCAAGACUCUCGCCCCUUUCAGAUUUUUUAAUUGGAAACUAACUCCCAGCAGUCUGCAUUAUCAUGGCCUGAGGGCCAGCACCUACCAUUAGCCAUAACUGGGUGGCAAGACCAGCCUAUUCAUAAACCUUACUUGAUCAGUCUAUUUCUAAAUACCAUGCACUGCAGGGAUGGGUUUUCAGUAAAAACUCUUGAAAAAAGCCUGUCUCAUUUCUGGCCAGCCAGUUCUGACUUUUAGUAAGCACCCAAAGUAAUUUGUGUUAUCACAUGCUUUAUCUGUAUGCAUUGUAAUCUAAUUACAGGAAAAAAAAUACAUGUCUUAUUCAUGGCUAACGUCUUAUGAAUCAUAACAUUGUUAAAAGCUUUGUUACUUAAAGGUGGUUUGUCUUUUUUUCUAAAUCUACUUAAGAUAGCAAGUUUUACUGUAUGGAUGAGCGUGUCAAAUUUGUAUAUGUUUAUCCUUAUCUUUCUUUAUUGCAGGUGUUGGUGUGGAUAAUAAAGAUGUACUUGUUUUAGGAGCUACCAACAUUCCAUGGACUCUUGAUUCAGCUAUAAGAAGAAGGUAUAAAUUAUUUGUUUCUUGGGUAUGCUGUGGAAUACUCAUGUGUAGAAUUUUAGUCAUUUGGCCAAAAACCUGCAAUCUGGGACUCUAAUACUCCUAUGGCAGGCUCAAUAUUCCUUUGUUUAAAAAUCUUUGCAAGUACAAGUUAUGUUAGUCGCUUACCUUAUCGUAUGCCAUCUGAACUGUUAUUUUUUGUCUCAAAAUCGGUUUUGAAAGCCGUUGGUUUUUUCUCACAGAGCUUGUGGGAUUCACCCACCCGAAGUGAGUGUGUAGCCAGAGGAAAAAAGUGUCUCUCCCCAGUCUCAGUCUCCAUUUUCACCAUCACUCCAGAGCUUUAGCUGACGUCUCGCAGGGCUGUCAUUAAGAGCCGGGGGCCUGGAAUUUCCCCUGGCUACUAUGAGUGUAGCCCCCACAGGGUGCGAAGAAAAUCAUUUUUACAGCUUGCCAUUCGGGCAAGCUGAAGCUAGCAUUUACUAGCCCAGACGUCACUUAAACUAGCCUCAAAAGCUUUUUGAUGAGCAGAAUUGAUUUCACAGUUCUUGUUCUUCGAAUUCCUCAAAACACAUCACUAGCCCAUUGGGCAAGUUAAGAACAGAAUUCACUAGCCCGAUAGCAAAAUCCACUAGCCCCGGGUUAUCGGACACUACUUUCUUUGCACGCUGGGCCCCAGCUACUUUUAUAGAAAAAUAGAAGAAAAAUGCAACCAAAAGAAAUCUCUUGCUGUUUGAUUCCCUGCCUACUUGAUGUAUUUGCCCGAUAACUUGAAAUCUUAGGGACAACCCUGUUUCACCUGCACAUUCUUAACCUAGGCAAAAAUCUCGGCUGUUUUGCAGUCUAGGCACACAACAGAGUGUAUACCUCCCUCCCGUCCCAAAAGAGGUCUUAAAUGACAGUCCAUUGUCAUAAAAAAUGCUAACUUUUUUACAACCUUUUUUCAGAUUUGAAAAGAGAAUUUACAUUCCUUUACCAGAAGCAUCAGCAAGAGUGAAGAUGUUUGAGUUACAUAUGGGGAAUCUUAAACACAACAUCCACACCACACAGUUCAGAGAACUUGCAGAAAAAACUGAUGGGUAGGGCUUUUUAACAUGCAUCUAAAGCCACAGAGGAUAACUGUCCACCUACCCCUCCCCUAAGCCAAAAUUUUGCCCUAAAAGAGAAGUAAGUGUUAAUGUUGGCUUAGGGGAGGAGUAGGUGGGCAGUUUCCUAGAAACGGUUAAUAAUCCCCGUAAAUGAAGAAACAAAAAGGUCAAACUUGUUUUGUAACAUUGUUGCUAUCCAACCCACCAAUUAUACCUGUCUUCAGUUGCUACAGACCAGGUUGAUGCAGGUUCCUUAAACCUUUUGCGGAAGGUACACAGUAGUUCUACUUCUUGCAACAGUAGUAGGGCACAGGUGAGGUAAAUAAGCAAAUGAAGUAAGAAAAAUGAACAGAUUACCAACCAGAUCAUUAUAAUAAUGUUUAGUUAUUUUGUGUCUUUUCAACUUGAGAAUGAACAAGAUGGAGUGUGCAAACCAUUGGUAAUCAAGCAAGGAAGUGAAUAAAUUGAAUAAUUUUGUUCUUUUUUGCUAAUUCCCUAGUAUUUUGGAGUGACUGUCAUAGGGGUCGUCUAUUGGACAGGAGGCGUUUAUUAGAAGCAGGGGCGGAUCCAGGGGGAGGGUGCAGGGGGUGCGCACCCCCCCCUGGGAUGACCUGCGGCCGCUUUCUAGUUAACACUGUGCAGUCGCUUGACAGACAUUCAAAAUCUGCUAUAUCGUUUGAUAUGUAUUCUCAGCAGUUUACAUUAUGUUAUUUCCCAGUCAAAAGCCCUCUUCUUCGUAUUCGCUUUUAAAAUUUUUUUUCAUCAUCAGUCAGUUAGUGGUUAGCCUGCGAAAACAUCCGUUUCUCCUCGCUCUUCGUCGCUGAGGACGUUUCGGGCGGAGGAACGCGCGAAACGUCCUCAGCGACGAAGAGCGAGGAGAAACGGAUGUUUUCGCAGGCUAGUUAGUGGUGCACCCCCUCCUAAGAAAAAUCCUGGAUCCGCCCCUUCUGAAGGGGCGUCUGAUACAAACUUAACAUCGUAGUUAGACGGAACAUUUAUUAGACAGUUAAUUUGAGGGGGGGGCUCAAUUAGAACAUAUGGUAUUCGUGACGGUAGUCAAUGUAUUUAUGACUGUUUGUUGUGGCAGGUAUUCCGGUGCAGAUAUCAGUAUUGUCGUUCGUGAUGCCAUGAUGCAGCCGGUUAGAAAAGUACAACAAGCAACACAUUUCAAAACGGUUGGUAACAUGUUAUCUGCUGUGAGUGUAAGAAAGUGGGGUACAGCCCUUCUUUUUAAGCCUGCGAAUACAGCUAGACUAUAUUAUUUUUUCCUGGUUGGUUAUUGAUCUCGUACCCAGAUCUCUUGUUGACGAAGCCGAAGGCGAGAUCUGGUCAAAUAGGAAAUUCCAGUUUUAUGAUUGGCUAGAUUGUGAGCGAAUGACGUGAGUGUUGUCAUCCGCAUGCGCUAUGGCGUGAGCACUUCAUUCUUUACAAAGGCUUUAGUAAAUAUUUUUACUGAUGAAUUAGUUUUCUGUCUAAAUAUGACUUCUAAAACCUUUUUUAUCUUAUCUUAAAGGAGUCUUCUAAUGUUGAGUUGUUUUUGUUGAGUCAGGUGACAGGCCCAUCUCCAACAGAUCCAAAUGUCAUUAUGGACGAUCUUCUAACUCCUUGUUCACCAGGUAUGAGAUGAGCGUCAUGUUUGACAAGAGUGACACGUUCGAAGGUUAACUUGUUGAAUUGGCCGAGUUAUCAUACAGACGUUUUUUCAAGAGGAAUGUUUGAAUCUAGCACUGGUGUCAAUGCUGCUGUGUGCAGAAGAAGCAUAGAAGGAGAUAGCCUCGCUGUUCACAGACUCUGUAUUUUCUCCUUUUAAGACCGUCUGGAGCGCGUAUGAAUACUUGAAAAUCGCAGGAUUUAUUGACCACUAGCGCAAGGAGGUGGUGGCGGGGAAAGAGUUUCUUUUUUCGUUUUCUCGCACUUCGUUAACGCCAAAUUUUCGGCGAAAAAGGAAAAACAGAUUCCUUAGCUAAGCUUUUUUUGUGUUGCAGGAGAGCCCGGUGCCUUAGAGAUGACGUGGAUGCAGGUUCCAGGAGAAAAGCUGUUAGAGCCUGUUGUUAAUAUGGUAAUCACAUUACGAAUAGACCCUUUCACGGUUUUUUUUUUCAGCUUUUGACAUGGACAAGUUAGAGAAAAUCCGUCGACAUCAUUGAAAAAAGCGCCUUAAGAUUAAUGAAAUUGCCUAGUUUGAAAGUGAUUUGUUGAACUAACAAAGAUACAGCUCCUCAAAGUCACGAAAUCUUACAGACGUUUGUAAGGUGUUGUGACCCCCCCCCACCCCAACAAUACAAACAUCUGUAAAUUUUCGCAGCUUUGCUGAGCCAUAUCUUCGCUCUCUUAAGACGUAUCACUUUCAAAUUUGGCAGUUUUACUAAUAUUAAGGUGCCCUUGUCAGUGGCGUCGACGGUUUUUCCCCAACUUAUCCAUGACGAAAGUUGAAGGUCUAUUGUUUUGCUUUGAAUUGUCUCAGUUUACCCAGAGACCAUACGUACAUACAUACCAAAACGCGGGGGGGCACUGCCCACAAAUUUCUGCUGUUUGGGGGGUUACGGAACCCCUGCCCCCGCCGCCUGCUCCGCUGCCUAUGCUCAAGUGGAACUUAACUUGGCUUUUCUAUUCAGUCAGGAGCGCAUAACCCGGAGUGAACAACUUUUUUAGUCAGCCUAUGUCUCGGCUUUUUCACGGACCGGUUUAUUUUUAGAUACAUUUUAGAACCAUUUUAACCAGGAGAUCACUCAGCCCUUCACUAUUACUUUCGUGUCUGUUUGGGUAGAUCAUAUGGUGAGGUUUUCGUCCAGUUACAGGACAUGGUACAUUAUGUCAAACUGUACGAGACCUCAGUACUUAGGCUACGUUCGCAUCUCAUACCGGAAGGCUUUUCAAGCCGACUCGAAAUGCGCAACUUGUAUACUGUGAACAGUAGCAGCACAGAACUUGAACAAGUCGUUUACAAACAUCAAACAUCAUGCCGGAGCGGUUGGCAGAGAGGGUUUGGUGAACUAAAUCCCAGUCCUUACUCCUGAAUAUUUCUUCCAUCUCAGUGGGUCCCAGUCCUCCCUCCUACUUAUUCACUUCCGCGCCAGAAAUUAGUGGCGGAUCGCCCCACCCCCAAAGGGCCGAAUUUUUCGAAGUCUGGAUCACCGUUCUUUCGUGUGAACAGAGGCCCUAUCCGGAAUGGUUGUAGUGCCGCCGCAAAUGCUAACCGUUAUAGUGUGAACAUAUCCUUAUUAAACUCCCUUUACACUGCAUUUAUACAGAGGUUAUAUUGCCUUUUUUCUUCAAUUUUUAGACUGAUAUGCUGCGGUCUCUAGCCACCUCUAAACCUACUGUCAAUGCUGGAGACCUGAAAAAGUUUGAAGAUUUCACGAGAGAUUUUGGACAGGAAGGAUAGACGUUAAAGCUGAUUCAUUUGUAUUCUUUUGUUAAUUACAUACAUUAAUUAACCCGCAUAGCAGGUAACAGAGUCAAAGGACACGACACGCGAGGGGAGCGCGCGUAAAAGGAAACCUUUUCUUCUUUUCACUUGUCCCUCGUGUCUGUUUGAGAAGAGAUGGUUUAUAACAUAAUUUGGCUCCAUUUACGCGGUCAAACAAGAGAAAUACAGUAAAAUUCCGAAAAUAAACCCCUCCAUGUAUGACUCCCUCCAAAUAUAAGCCCCCCAAACCGGUAACGUAGAAAACCCUCCGUUAAAUCGCCCCUCCAAAUAUAAGCCCCCCGGGGACCUGUACUUGGAGAAUUUCCCUCAAAUACAAAGUAUAACAAAGCAAAAACGGUAAAUUUACUUCCAACUAUAUGGCUAGCCUAAUCGAUUUUGAAACGCAAAUUUCCCUCCGUAAAUUAGUCUCCCUCGCAGCCGUUUUUAGUAUAAGCCCCUCAAAAAGGGCCUUUAAAAAAUAUAAGCCCCGGGGCUUAUUUUCGGAAUUUUACGGUAACAAGAAAACUAAACAGAAUACUUCAAUGCUAAGGCUACUUCACUGUUUUAAUUUUGAUGAUACCUCACCAAUGUGCUGUGGAUAUACCUUUUUGAAGCUUCUCAAGUGUUUGAAAAAGGGAUUACCUACUUGCAGCCGCCAUUUGUGAAACUAAUUUUGUUUGAGUGGGAGGCAUUUUACACGUGAACCAACUAGUUGUUUGAGAAAAAUAGAGUUAUCUUUACACUAACUUGCUAUCUCAUACAGCCUCACUUUUUGCGCUUUAAUAGAAAUGAAAUCCCUCUAAGUGGGGCGAAGAAAUGUUUGACUGCAGUGGGGGCUGGUUCUUAUAUUGACUUAAAAGAAUGAAAUUAUCUAAAUAGCUGAUUCAGUUAUACAUCAGAGUCUACGGCUGCCUGCAAACAGGCCUUCUGUUUUUGGGAUGAAGAAAACCCCUGUGUGAAGCUCUGUUUCCUAGCCUCCCACGCAGACGCUCUCAGGGCUUCGUCGCACGUUUCAUCCCCACGAAACAGCAGCCACUUUCGCUUCGUGGGAAAGGAACGUGUUACGAAGCCCUAGGAAUGUCUACGUGGAAGGCCAAAUAAGGAGUCUUUUAAAAAAGCAGCGACGUUUUCAGAACGCACGUCAACCCGAAGUGGACGUUUUGCUCUCUCUCGCCGUGUCUUUAAACAAAUGUUUGAGCAAAUCGCCUCUUUAAGAGUAAAGAAACUUGGCAAAACAAAUUUGGUGGCAUCAAGGCAUAUUAAAACAGAAAAAGGCUCACUUCUGGUUGACGUGCGUCGCACAAAAACUUCGCUGCCGAAACUCAAUGUUUCCACAGUCUUUCUUGCCUUCUCUUCUCACUUCCCUCACAAGAGAGCUUGUAUGCCUCAGUUGUUUUGGAAAAAGCACGUCAGAUUGAUUUACCGACUGUAAAAAGAAUUAGUUUUAACCACUGAAUAAGUCCUUUUGUGAUGGAAAAAGUCAGUAACAAUAAAAUAAGAGACCUUAUUCACAGUUUCAAAAAGUCUUCUACCACUUUCGAUCAGAGACUCCCAUGAAUUUUUGGUUUUGUUUCUUCAGUCUUGGGUCAAUUGACUUCUUGAAAUUCUCCCCUCACUCGAGCUCGUUAGUUAUAGUGUUGUUCAACCAAGAGGAGCCUUCUUUUGCUAAAAUUCAGUUUAAGGUACCCAAGAUAACUUGAAUAGAUAUUUUCCUUUAUAAUUCCUUGUUAGCCACUCUAAUUGUUGCCUUGUCAGUAAUUCACCCUAAAAUAGGUACGAUGGCUAUCCCAUUGCAGCAACUUUGUGCGAGGGAUUCCUAAACACAGGCUUGGAGCAAGCUCAUUUGUAUCUGCUUGAGCUUUGCUUUUCCAUGGAAUGUCAGCGAUAAUUACUUCUCAUCAUUUCAAAAUUGUUUGUCGAAAAGAACAAUUUUGCAGAGCCGUUUGAAAUUACUUCGUGCGUGCUUGAAUACGCAAAAAUACGGACUGUUUUGCAGUCUAUUUUGAAGUAGAAAUUAACUUUGAUGAAACAUGGUGUCGAUUUUGUCCUGUUCAUAGUAGGACACGUAUUAUGGUUUAUUUUUAUCUAGAUGUAGUAGCACACUAAUGACAUGUACAGAGAAAAACGUGAGGCAUAUAAUGUUUAAUUAAACUUGUGUAAUUGG